UUUUUAAUAAAAGAUGCCUAGACAAGACAGAAAGGAAAGGAAAGAUUUCAACGCUGAUGAUUUCGUAUGCCUAAAAAUGAACCAGUUUCUUAAGAAGCUCAAGACCUUUAUUGACACUAAUUGUUAUGAUUGGGGCAAAACUCCAGAGCCUGAGGCCAAUGAUGGUGAGGAAAAUAAACAACCCGAAUCUACAAAAAGCCGUAAUGAUGAUAAAGAGUGGGAAACUAUUGGGGAAUAUGCUAAAGUUAACCUUAAGGAUCAGAACUUAAUCGAGUGUAAUAAGAUCACCGAGAUCCACUUUUCAAGAAGGCUUACUAGUCUUAAGGAUACUGAAAAGUUGACUGAUAAAGGACUUGAGGCUAUCGAAGCUACUGCUAAGUUCCUUUACGAGACCUCUAUACAGUUCUCCAAGGAUGCAGUCAAGAAGUUAAGCAACUUCAUUGCAUUAUUUGAUGAAGGCAAGUUACCUAGUCUUCAAAAGCUAGUUGCAAAGGACCCUGUUGACAUCAAAGUUAGAGAAGAUACAGGUCAUAAGAAGAAGAACAAACGGAAUGAUAGAGACAACCAAAAAGAAGAAGAGAAGGUAUGGACCGUCGAUGACUCUGAUGCCUUUGGAUUCCUUGAUAUCAUCAAAGGAAUGAAAUCUACCUUAUCAAAGAAGAAUAUCGAGAUGUUUGUUGAAUAUCUAUUGCAUGCUCUUGAUGGAUUUCCUUAUGGGAGCAAGAUUGUUCAAAGCAGGAUAAUCUCGAUAAUCGAGACUGCUUCAAAGAAACUAGGCAAGUUAUGUUUCCUUAAUCCUUAGAUAU